AUGUCCCCUCCAGUUUGGUUCAUCACUGCCGCAUCUAGUGGCUUCGGCAAAGAAAUCGCUCUCAACGCCCUCAAAAAAGGAGAUCGAGUUAUCGCAACCGGACGGAGUCUCAGCAAACUGGCCGAAGUCAAAGAAGCCGGUGCAAAAACAUAUGCUCUGGACGUUACAUCGGAUCUUAACACUAUCAAGAAAAUCGUAGCAGAAGCUCAUGCCAAGUACGGCCGUCUGGACAUCCUCGUUAAUAGCGCUGGAUAUAUUCUCGAAGCUGCAAUCGAGGAAGCAAGUCCUAAAGAAUCAUUCGACGUCUUCAACACCAACGUCUUCGGCACCUUAAACGUAACUCGCGCGGUCCUACCGUAUAUGCGCACCCAGCGCUCUGGUGUCAUCGCCCUCUUCGGCUCUCUCGGUUCCUGGACAGGUGGUCCAGCAUUCGGCCUCUACGCCGGCACGAAAUGGGCUUGUUCUGGCCUCGCAGAGAGUUUAAAACCUGAAGUCGCUCCUUUCGGUAUCGACGUGACGGUCAUCGAGCCUGGUUAUUUCAGAUCUGGAUUUCUCAAUCCCGGAGCUAGAAUCUUGAGUGCAGAGCGCAUUCAAGAGUAUGAGGAGAGCGCGGUAGGAUACGUAAGAGGAAUGUUGCAGGAGACGGAUGGGAAACAACCGGGGGAUGUGAAGAAGGGAUGUGAUGUUAUUGUAGAUGUUUUGACUAAGAGGGGUGUUGCGGAGGGAAGGGAGAUUCCGUUGAGAUUGGUACUUGGGACGGAUUGUCAGGCUGCUAUUAGGGAGAAAUUGGAGUCGACUGCGAAGUUGUUGGAUGACUGGCAGGAGAUUGGUGCUAGUACGGAUUAUCCUAAAGAAAGUUAG